CGCGCGCCCGGCGCCCCGGCCCGGCCGAGCCAGUCUGUGUCACCGCGCCGCCGACGCCGCCGUCGCCGCGCCACUCUCAUACACACACACUUUUCCGGUUCAAAACACGUGCACCGUAUCAAUACAUCACAUAAAUCUUCCCGCUACUAGUUUCGACAAAAAAAAUUAAAGAAAAAUAUUUUGAUGCAAGCUUAAUUUCUUGAACUUUUUGCGAUAUCAGAAAAGUCUUUAAAAGUGAUUAUAAGUUUGUUGUUUUGGAUUUUUUCUUCUAUCAAAGUCAUAUGUUCUAAACUGGUCUUCGUUAGUGUGUCAAUACCAUACUGUUAGUUCUCUUUACUAGUUUUGUUUCUAGACCUAACCUAACAAGACCAGUCAAGAAUCAUUGACGUUUAUUGUAAAUGUGUGAUAAUAUAGUGAUUGACGUUUGGAAGAUAACAUUGAAGAGUAAAGUGCAGUGCAGUGCGUUGGAGGAGUGCCGAGUGGGGGUCCUGAUGGCCGGCUCAGCCCGGCCGCGCUAGAUCGAUCCCGCCUCAUCGGCGCGGCUCACAUUGGUGGAGGGGGGUGAGCGCGGGGUGCGCGGUGCGGGGGGAUGCCCGUGCGCAAGGGGCUGCUCGCGCCCCAGAACACCUUCCUCGAUACCAUCGCCACUCGCUUCGAUGGCACACACAGCAACUUCGUGUUGGGCAACGCUCAGGUGCCGUGCUACCCGAUCGUGUACUGCUCAGACGGGUUUUGUGAGCUGACGGGGUGGGCGCGUGCGCACAUCAUGCAGAAGGGCUGCGCAUGCAAGUUCCUCCACGGGCCAGACACACGCGAUGAACACCGUCAUGAGAUCGACUCCGCGCUAGAAGCAAAACACGAACUGAAACUAGAACUUAUAUUUUAUAAGAAAAAUGGAUCUCCCUUUUGGUGCCUGCUCGACAUCGUCCCAAUUAAGAAUGAGAAACGAGAAGUGGUUUUAUUUCUCGCCUCGUUCAAGGAUAUCACCAACACGAAGAUGGCCGCCAUGAACACUAAUGAGAACUUUGACAGCGGAGCCGCGGUGCGGCCUUCGGCUGGCGUGGUCACUCUAGCGUUAUCCCCAUUUGUACCCGCAGCGGCACUCUUGGGCGCCCGGUUCCGCGCUGAAUCUAGUUGCCUACUUCCAGACCCGAAUGGCAAUCUUGACCCCGAAGCGCCGUCGCCCGCGAACAUGGGCAGGCGACGCUCUAGGGCGGUACUAUACCAGCUUUCAGGACAUUAUAAACCGGAUAAAAUGAAGACGAAACUAAAACUCAACAAUGUUAGUAAGAAUCUAUUACACUCAUCGGACCCUCCGCUGCCUGAAUAUAAAACGUCGGCAUUAAAAAAGUCUAGAUUUAUAAUUUCUCACUACGGGGUGUUCAAAACAUUUUGGGAUUGGCUGAUCCUCAUAGCCACGUUUUAUGUGGCAGUAGUGGUUCCGUACAAUGCCAGUUUCGUUGACGAAGGCCACCCCAGGAUAAGUGUGACGAGUGAUGUCGUGGUAGAAGCGCUCUUCAUUAUCGAUAUAGUGCUCAAUUUCCGAACGACAUUUGUGAGUAAGAAAGGCGAAGUAGUCUCUGAUUCUAAGGCGAUAGCCCUUAAUUACAUCCGGAGCUGGUUUGUGGUGGAUCUCCUGGCGGCGCUGCCGUUUGACCUACUUUAUGCGUCCGACGUGUACAGCGGGGCGGAGUCGACACACGGAAAUGUGCAUUUAGUGAAAUUAACAAGACUGUUACGACUGGCCCGGCUGCUGCAGAAGAUGGAUCGAUACUCGCAAUACUCGGCUUUGAUACUGACGUUAUUAAUGCUCUCUUUCACUUUGCUGGCUCAUUGGCUCGCUUGCAUUUGGUUCAUAAUAGCAGACAAGGAAAUUGAAAUUCAUAAGAACGAGAGUUGGGACUUAGGAUGGAUAAACAAUCUGGCGGAGAGGUUGAAAGUGCCGAUUCCUAACAUUUCACACAGCGAGAGCUAUGUGACGGCACUUUAUUUCACGUGUUCAUCUCUUACGAGUGUGGGCUUCGGUAAUGUGUCUGCCAAUACACUCGCGGAGAAGAUCUUCAGCAUCAUCACCAUGUUGAUCGGAGCACUGAUGCACGCUGUAGUGUUUGGUAACGUGACGGCUAUCAUCCAGCGAAUGUACUCGCGCCGCUCCAUGUAUCAAAGCAAGUGGCGCGAUCUCAAAGACUUUCUCACCAUAAACCAAGUACCGAAGGAGCUAAAGCAACGGAUGCAAGACUACUUCCAGACCAUGUGGUCGUUAAAUCACGGCAUCGAUAUACAUGAGACUCUGAAAGAAUUUCCCGAAGAGUUGAGGGGCGAUGUGUCUUUACAUUUACAUCGGGAGAUAUUAUCUCUUCCCAUAUUUGAGUCGGCUUCGCAAGGUUGUCUUAAGCUGCUGUCUUUACACAUUCGGAACAACUUUUGUGCCCCCGGCGAGUACCUGGUCCACAAAGGGGACGCGCUAACGUACAUCUACUACAUAUGCAACGGUUCCAUGGAGGUGAUGCAGAAUGAGAUGGUCGUCGCUAUACUGGGUAAAGGAGAUUUGGUGGGUUGCGAUAUGAAUACCCAUUUGCAAGCUUACAACGGUACGGGUUCGUCCCACCCGCAAGGGAAUAAUCCUGAUGUUGUGGUCAAAUCGAGCAGCGAUGUUAAGGCUCUAACCUACUGUGACUUAAAAUGCAUACACAUGGGUGGUUUGGCUGAAGCUUUGCGACUAUACCCUGAGUACCAGCAAGAGUUCAUUCAUGAUAUACAGCACGACCUCACGUACAACUUACGGGAAGGCUAUGAGGCUGAAGCUGAGUCUGAUGGCAAUGGACAUCCAUCCCUCACGCUACCAUCAAUAUCGGAGGACGACGAGAACGCUGCGGAGGACACAGCACUCACGCCCAAAAAACUGCCCGUGUCAAACACAAACAGCCCUCGGCAUACAAAAUUCAGGACUGAUGGUCAGCCGCGGCUUUCACAUAGAGAAUUACGUGAAAGAAUAGAAAGACAGCGGUCUAUAGCAACGCCGAAAAUAUCUAGAGCCGACUCUUUGGAGGGACUCAAUUUAGAAGUACACAACACAAGGUCGUCUGUAGACAGGCUUGACACCCAGGUAUCGAGCUUGCAUCACGACGUAGCGGCGCUCAGCAUGGAGGUUCGCCACGCCAUCCAAGCGUUGCAAGAAAUGACAGCACCCACAGGAUGGCACGCAGCACAUUCCAAUCCCAAUCUCCAGUGGAACGCUCCACCGAACCAGUUGGCUCGGAGCUGUAGUCAUCCGCCUGAUGUCUUCUGUUGGGAUCAGCAAGAACGACCUCUCACGCCAGAGAGGCCGAAAGUACACAAGACUACACAAACUGAGCCUUUCCUGCACCUGGUCACGCAGUACAUAAUGGAGCACCCAGCUACCGUGAUGUUGCUGCUGGGCAUCGACCCGAUGGCGAACCUAGCGCCCGUCAUGCCAGGCACGGUGGACUACUACACAGACACACGAGGUCGACGACCCAGCACAUUGGAGCAGAUCAUAGAAUCGGAGGCAGGCAGCCAGACACCAUCUAGCACGACAAGCGAGAAGUUCGAACCAGUAAGAAGUCCCAGUGGAAGUGUGAAAGACCUAGAAGUGUCAAUAGAGAAUGAAGUAAAGAAACCGCCAGAAAAAGAAACGUUAAAUGCGACUAUGAGACGCAGCAGGUACUCAACCAGUGACUUGUGCGAGGCUUCGGAACGGCUGCUCGCCACACGCUCCACGCACCCCAGCACGCGCAGCCUCAAGUUUAACAUCAACAGCUAAGUUAAUGAUUCCAUUUCGUCUUAAUAUAUGCUCAUUAGUCUUUAGUCUUCAAAUAAUAAAUGCCAUUAGUUUAAUUGUACAUUUGGUUACCUUAAAUUCUAUCUUAUAAGUGUAUUUUGUUUUGUAAAACAACCUUUGUAUUUUAUCACUACUUCUUGAUCAACGAAAUCUAUCUAUAUCAUUACGAAUAUCUUCUAGUUAGUAUGUUUGGCUAGAUCAUCAUACUGAACGAUUGUACAUAUCAAGUUUACGAGAAGUUGUAUUGUUAGUUUAGUUUGUAAUUCUACUUUAUCUAGUCACUGUUUAGGCUUAACGAAAGAGAGAGAAGUUGGGAAAAUAUUUGGGUCCGAUGUAUAAGAAUUUGCUUUGAUGAAAUAUUGAAGGGCAAGACGCAUUUGUUGCAUAUUUGUGUACGAAUAGAUUAAUUAUUUUGUGGUCUUCAGGCAAACCGGCUUUUAAAUAUUAACGGUUUUCUUAUAGUCCGUACAGUUCUUACGUUAGACUUUCAUCCCGAUACGAUAUUGCUGGUCAUUCAUCACCAAUCGGGAUGAAUUAUAGCCCCAUUUACAUUACACAUGUAUGAAGAAAUCACCUUAAAACGGCUUUGUAAACAUUUUAAAGCGUUUAUGUCAUACAUUUACCCAUAUUGUCGAUAAGAUAGUUCUCUAUUUUAUAAUGCCUUUUAAAAUAUUACCGUCAAUUCGGUGUGUUUAUGUAAGACAAUACUAAGCAUAAAUCAUCUUCGUACCAAAUCUCCCUCUGAUCUCAAAAUACGUUUUAUAUCUAUGUAUAGAAACACGAUGUGGUCUUCCUUUGAAGUUAUUAGUAGCCAGUAAACUAACUCCUUGAUAUGUAUUAUGAGUUAGAUAACUGGGACUUGUGAACUAUAACUUCGUGCCAAAUACCUGUAUUGUCCGUGACAAUUUCGGAAAAUAAUGAACGAUGUCUAUUGUCAUAAUGUAGAACAAAUUAUUAAUUUAAUAAUUAAUAGAAGAACAAUUUUUACUCGGACAUUGUAAGCCCUCUCCUUUGUGACCAAAUUAGUGUAAUGAAGAGAACAUUAUUUAAAAAAAAUGUUUAAUUAAGUGAUACCUAAAACAUUUUAUAGAAGUAAAUAUUCUGAGAAUUUUUCCAUAGGCACUGUCUUUUAACGCAUAUUUUAUGAUAGCUGUGUUAAUUGGAUUAAUGAGGUAGAGAUAUGAACCUUGAAGUGUUCAUCAAAUCUGAUGCUCUAAUAAUGUAUUUGCUCCUUAUAAAGGUUUAUUAUAAUGACUAGAACAUUUUGAAGAAUGUCUCAAUUCACGUAAAGUAGAAGUAACACCACACACGACGUAGGCGUCACGUAAUGAGGAAAACCCCUUCUCAACAUUUUUUUAUGAUAUUCCAAAACAUAAUUAAUACUAGUUCAUUUACCCGAUGAUAAACAACGGUGGAAUAAGAACAAAAUAUGAUAUUACAGAGAUGACAGCUAAUUAGUGGAACCCAAUAACAGUAGAUGUUGUAUAUAUCGUCUGAACCUGUUUGUAAGCAAUACACCUACCUAGUAGUCCUAGCAUAAUUGUUAUUUUAUGUUUCAAACAUACUUCUAUAGUCUAAGUAGAUAGAGAUUGUUAGAUAAAUAUUUUUGCCUCAUAAUGAUUCAUAAUAAUUGGUAUAAAUAUGAACUCUAAAUAUAUUUGUAAUUAGGCAUAUUAUUAUGUGUUGACUUCGGGUGUAGCGGAAUAAAACAAGUUGUUUAUGGACCUGUAUUGCAGGAACAAUACACUAUGAAUUUUAUUAUUAAUAAAUGUAAAUUCUAGUAGAGAAAUUAAAUUCAAAUAUUAUCUUUGAUAAUAAAUUGUUAUAAGAACGGAAACGCUUACUAGAAUAAUAAAUGUGGUGUACGUUGAAUAGAACCCAUGAAUGUGAUAUGAUGUUAAACACGUGCAGUGCCUAAAAUCUCAUUUAUUUAUUUAUUUACUUAAUUAAUCUGUAUCUUUUAUUAAAAUCUAAACUAUUUUACUAAACGUUAUGAUUACGCAUACGUUUUGAAAAUAUUUUGUACAUAUUGAAACUUAAUCUUGUAGUACAAACUAUUAGUUACCAUAAAGUUUAAUAAAGACAAAUCGAUGUUGAA